GACGUCUUGACGUGUCAUAUGGACUCUGAGGGAAGUUUCCGAUCUUGAAAUGUCUGUAGUUUGAAAUAAGCUACUUAUGUAGCAAAUGCGGUGUUUGUAAGGCAGGAAGCAUGUUCCCGCUGCAGUGUGUCGGCAGGUCAACAUGCAGUGGAGAAGAUACGUGACUGGCCUCGCCUUUAGCUUCGUUUUCGUUGUAUCAUAUUUCACCAAUAAGUUUGUCUUGUCAGUGUUGAAAUUCACCUAUCCAACCUUAUUUCAAGGAUGGCAGACGUUUAUCGGCGCCGCCCUGCUUCUCCUCUCUGGAAAGCUGGGAUGGGUGGAAAUGAGCCGCAUCACCAGAUCAGCCGCUCUUUCCUGGCUUCCAGGCUCCCUCCUGUUUGUGGGAAACAUAUAUGCUGGUUCCAGGGCCUUAUCACAAAUAGACAUUCCUCUCUUCUUCACCCUUCAGAACUCCUCUCAUGUUGUGAGCCAAAUAAUCCGGAAAGUCGUCCACAGAGAGAAGACGCAGUGGCUGAAAUUGAUCAGCAUUGGUCUCAUGCUGCUCUCAGCCAUCAACCUCCCCCUCUAUGACCUUCAGGUUGACUUUAGUGGUUACCUGUGGGCUGUUGGUCAUCUGGUCUGUGUUGGUGCAUACAGAGUGUUUCAAGUCCAAUACAAAUCCAAUAAUUUGAGUGACCUCGAACAGCACUGCAUUAACUACUUGUUCAGUGUACUGCUGCUGGCCGUUGCUGCUCACCCAACAGGUGACCUCAUGGGUGCCUUAGAGUUUCCCUCCCUUCAGUCCCACCAAUUUCACUGUGGAUGCUGCGCCAGUGCUUUGCUGGGGUUUUUGUUACUGUUGGCCACAGUCAAACUAAAGAGCGGAUUAUCACUCGAGCACUUUGCAGUCUGGAUUUUCUUGUCUAAGGUUACUGCCAUGUCUCUCUCUCCAUUCAUUUUCUACACAGAGAUUAAUGCACCAUCUCUUAUUUGUGUGGUCAUCAGUCAUGUUGGAGAGGCCCUGCUGGUGUAUUCUGAGAGAGAGUCUCAGUCGUAAGACAAGAGCAGCUCUGCAGAUCAACCUACUUUGCACUUCUUAAAGAGAUAGUUUUUUCUUGGAAAUACACUUUAUUUUUUCAUUUUUGUAAUUUCUUAUCAGCUGACCAAAUAAACUUAUCUUGUACGUA